GAGCCGGCGGAGCUAGCCAGCUUUAACCUUAACACACAUCCACCGUGCACGCCAUGAUUUGAGGGCUGCAAAAGCGAAACGGCUGGCGAUAGCGCGAGAGAGAGAGUCGAGGAGAGGGGAACCGAAGUGGGAGCUGCCUCAAAUUGUCCGAAGGGGCAGCAUUUCUCCAUCUAGUUCCGGUUGCUCUACGCUGUAUGCCAUUUGGAACAGCAACAAUAGGUUGCCACCAUUUAGACAAGAGGAAUAUACUUCCAACAGACUUACUCUCUCCCUCUCUCUCUCUGUCUUUCUUCCUCUCUCUUUUUUUUAAUGCAAGAUAAACAUGAGCUCCUAUUUUGUUAACCCUCUUUUCUCCAAGUACAAAGGUGGCGAGACGUUAGAGCCAACUUAUUACGACUGCAGGUUCCCACAGAGCGUUGCACGGAGCCACACGCUGGUUUACGGGCAUGGAGCAGCCGCGCCGGGCUUCCAGCACCCGUCCCAUCACGUACAGGACUUUUUCCAUCACGGUACUACGGGCAUUUCCAACCCCGGCUACCAGCAGAACCCCUGCGCCUUGGCGUGUCACGGAGACGCGACGAAAUUUUAUGGAUACGAAGCUCUUCCGAGGCAAUCGCUUUAUGGUACCCAGCAAGAGGCGAGCUUAGCGCAGUACCCAGACUGUAAAUCGUCCAGUAGCUCUAACCCUGGAGAAGGACAAGGCCACUUAAAUCAGAAUACCUCUCCCAGCCUCAUGUUCCCAUGGAUGCGACCCCACGCCCCUGGGAGACGCAAUGGAAGGCAGACGUACAGCCGCUACCAGACUCUCGAGCUGGAGAAGGAGUUUCUCUUCAAUCCGUACCUCACGCGCAAACGGCGGAUCGAAGUGUCCCACGCGCUGAGCUUGACCGAACGGCAGGUGAAGAUCUGGUUUCAAAACCGGCGAAUGAAGUGGAAAAAGGAGAAUAACAAAGACAAGUUUCCAGGCCAGAGGGGAGAGGCAGAGGCCGAGGCAGAGGCCGAGGAAGAGGGAAACGAGGACGGGGAGGCGGAAGAAGCAGAAGAAAAGGAAACGGAAGAGAAAGAGGAAAGCAAGGAGUGAUUUUAUGGUCUUUUUAUGGUUAUAUGGCAGAAAUAGAAGAGGUUUCAAGGAUGGCCAAUGAAAGAGACGACCCGCCAAACAGUUGGGUCAAAAAGUGAGAAAAAAGCCCACAGACAUCAGUCUCCUCAUAAAAGCACUCUCAAUCAACCCAGAAAAAAGCUCUUCUACCGCCGCUCGAGAAAUUUUACCAUUAAGGGGGGAAAUGAUAAAAUUAUGUUUUUGCUGUUAUCAGAGUAGGUUAACAGAAAUGUUGAGCCAUCGUUUAAUUUGGGAGUCUAAAAGGCAUGAAACUUGGUUAUCGGAGUCACUUGCAUUUCAUACUUGGCCGGAAGUUGUGAAUAAUAAAAUGUGACUAAAAUAGCCACUAGUAGCAACCAGCUCACACCAAGACGUCGUGAAAUACUGGCAUUAGGACGUUUCCACAGACUGUGUUGGUCUUGUAUAUAGAACUAGUCACAAUGUUUUGAUAUCCCUCUGAUAUCGACAUGACCGGAGAAUAGAAAACUAGCCGGUGUCUCGGUAAAAAAAAUGUUACUCCAGUAAUCUUGAGAAUAUGGAAAUGUCUCAUUAGUGCCAUUUUAUUGAAAACGGCAUUGACAAGUGUAGUAAUAUGUAUUCUGAAUUUCGCAUUCUAUCGAUUAGUACGUGUAGUUUAUUAUUACGCUUUGUGAUGAAAACGAGCAAGAUUACAUUUUGUAAUUCUUUGAUUAUUUUAUUGGGAUCACAGAGAUUGCAAUCGUUUGAAAAUCUCGAAAGAAGCUACCUAAUCAUGGGGAAUUUGCAAUAUAGAUUUCUACCUAAAGAUUUCCUAAAAAAUCUUCUUUUCUAGCGUAUUAAAACUUAAGUUAUAUGAUUUACCCUUUGAACACUUAACGUUGUUUAUCGAACGUUUGAAGUCUUCAGAAGACUUUAGCGAGCUCAGAGCCAAGCUAACAGUUUCAAGAGAUUGUACCACGGCACUACCUAACUAGACAAAGCUUUGCCCAUAAGAAAGGGUUUAUCCUCCAUAUCACAGAGCUGCUUUGUUUAAUAAGAAAGAAGAACAAUUAAUAAGAAGAAUAAGAACACAGUUUUCCCCCAACAACUUAAACUGCCUACGGUGAACGCACAUUUGUGUGUAGAUGACCAUACUUGCUACAAUAACUACCCUACUUUACUAAAAUGAAAUGUUGUUAUUUUAUCGUGCUGGUGUUAUAGCGUAGAUUUUAAAUUGCACUGAGUAUAACCUUCAUGUACGUCUUGUAAUAUCUUGCUGUUAUCAAUAUGCUCGUUUUUGCUGUUCCUCAUGUGAAUAUAGACAGAACUGUGUGUGUACAUGCCAUUGUUGUUGACAUCAACAGAAGAAUAAACAUGAUGGCACAUUCUCCUGCUUCUCA